CUCGGCCCAAGUGGCAGCCUUUGAUAGCAGCAGCGACGAUCCUCGCUCGCGCGCGCCUUCAGGUCCAACUUAGAUCUCCAGCGCUUUUGAAUGAGGCAUGGAAACGCUCCUUCACCUCUUGCUUGCUUAGAGAUGCCGCGAUCAUUUUUAGUCAAAACGAGCUACCCGUCGAGAGAAAUGUCUCCGCCACUCACUCCGAGUCCCACCAGCGUCAUCAGACGGCACUCGCCGAGUGCUUUUUCGCCAGUCAACAAACGCAGAUACAUAGAAUUAGAAUGCAGGCAAACGCGAAUUUUGCCAGAAACUCCACCACCGCAAGUCUUCAUUUGGCCACCGCCGUCCAGACUGUGCAUGCCUUGUCCACCAAUCGAUACCGUCCACACCCCAACCAGUCCUGAAAGAGCAACUGAUGCAGAAGACGCUCCACUCGACCUCUGCCUGAAACCCGCGCUGGCCCGUUUGGCCGCCUCGGCGCCCCCUCGCACCUCCCCAGGCCGCUCGAGCUACCCGAUCUGGUCGCCGGCCAGUCAGUGCGAACAAGAGGCGGCCAAAACCAACAACAACAAUCACGCCAAGUCGGCGUACAAGUGCGUACCUGCAGUGAUCGUGUCGUCUUUGCGGCCGCCGUCACCGUCGGCCGAGCCGGACAGCACCGCCUUUCUGCCCUCGUCCCGCUGGAGUCUGCCCCUGACCACCCCUCUGCCUCCUCACCACCCUCCAGCGGCACAGCAGCCGCGCAUCGCGAGACGGAGCGAGAAUGGCGAGAGAUGCUUUCAGUGCAAACAGUGUGGGAAAACUUUCAAGCGUUCGUCCACCCUGUCCACGCAUCUGCUGAUCCACUCGGACACCCGCCCCUACCCCUGUCAGUAUUGCGGAAAACGCUUCCACCAGAAGUCGGACAUGAAGAAACACACUUACAUCCACACAGGCGAGAAGCCGCACAAAUGCAUCGUGUGCAGCAAAGCCUUCAGCCAGUCGUCCAACCUAAUCACCCACAUGCGAAAACACACCGGCUUCAAGCCCUUCUCGUGCGGCCUGUGCGAAAAGGCGUUCCAGAGAAAGGUGGACCUGCGCAGGCACCGCGAGACGCAACACCCUUCGGCCGCGCCACUGCCUCCUCAGGGCACCACCACCUACAGUCUCACCACCCUUUGAAUAUGAAAGCACCAGUCUCAUGUACAGCAACAUCUAUUCAUUCUUUCCAUGCACCUUUUUAUACUCUUUUAAAAACUGUCCUUGAAAAGGAGGAAAGACUUUUAUCUCGAUCAUUUAAUUUGAUCUCAAAUUUUCCUGUUAAAAAUCCUAGAUUUGUGUUCACCGUAAUUUAUUUUUCCAGCACCAAAUUUUCUUUAUUAUUUUUCUAUCGAACAUCUUUAGCAGUUUCUUGAGACAGCGUAAAGAAAGAGCAGCUAAUUGACCAAAGAUUUUGUGAAUUUAUUCUUGUAUAAAUAAUGAAAUGAUAAUUGUAAUAAAACGUAUUCCAUAGAGAUACAAAAUGAAGUGUUCACGUCAGCCUAGUUGGUUCUCAGGUUGUGCUUUGAG